GCGGGAGGAGGCCUCACUGGUGGCCGAGCUGUUCCUCCAGAGCAGUCGAGAGCUGAGCUCCGCAGCCGAUCCCGACUCGGAGCCUGACCCCUGUCCAGCCAUGGCGGCCUGGCUGCUGCUCCUCCCGCUACUGUCGUCUCUGCUCCCGGGCGGGGGUGCCUGGCACCUUCCUCUGGCGUCAGACCCCACGCUGGAGGCCCCGGCUCAGUUUGCGAUGGAGGUUUACAACCGAGGCCGCGAUCCUGAGGCUGCGGCGGUGCCGCAGAGCGUCCAGGGGCGGAGCCUGAAGAUGGCCCAUGGGGUGCUGUACUCCCUAGAAGUGACAUUGCAUGAGCCUCCUUGCAGCCCCCCCACAGCCUGCAAGGACCCCCAGUCUUCAGGGACCCUGCUUUGUCGUUUUGAAGUCCUGGACCAGAUGUGGGCCAAGCAGACGCUGCUGAAGCAGGACUGUGGCCAGCCUGGGGCCCAGCAUCUUCCCUGGAGUUCCGGCCAUCAGCCUCCCAUCCCCCCAUCGCAGGGUGACUCAGUGCAGCUGAUUACACUCUUUAAGGACUUCCUCGCCACCUACAACAAGAGCUACGCUGAUGCCACAGAGACACAACGGCGUCUGGGCAUCUUUGCCCGGAACCUCGAGCUGGCUCGGAAGAUGCAGGAGUUGGACCAGGGUUCUGCUGAGUACGGAGUCACCAAGUUCAGUGACCUCACAGAAGAGGAGUUUCGGACUUUCUAUCUGAAUCCCCUAUUAAGCAGCCUCCCAGGCCGAGCUCUGAGGCCAGCCCCGCCCGCAAAAGGCCCAGCCCCUGCUGCCUGGGACUGGAGAGAUCAUGGGGCUGUCACGGAAGUCAAGAAUCAGGGCUUGUGUGGGUCCUGCUGGGCCUUCUCUGUCACAGGCAACGUGGAAGGGCAGUGGUUUCUACGCCAUGGGACCCUGCUGACCCUUUCCGAGCAGGAGCUGGUGGACUGUGACACCCUGGACCACGCCUGUGGUGGAGGCCUUCCCUCCAAUGCCUAUACGGCUAUUGAGAGACUCGGCGGGCUGGAAACAGAGAAGGAUUACAGGUACGAGGGCCACAGGGAGCGUUGCAGCUUUUCUCCUGACAAGGCGAGAGCCUACAUCAACAACUCGGUGGAUCUGAGCCGCGAUGAAGAAGAGCUCGCUGCCUGGCUGGCAGAGAAUGGCCCCAUCUCCGUCGCUCUCAAUGCCUUCGCCAUGCAGUUCUACCGCCGUGGGGUCUCCCACCCAUUCCGGCCCCUCUGCAGCCCCUGGUUCAUUGACCACGCUGUGCUGAUUGUGGGUUACGGCAACCGCUUGGGCCUCCCUUUCUGGGCCAUCAAGAACAGCUGGGGCCGCGACUGGGGCGAGGAGGGUUAUUAUUACUUAUAUCGAGGGGCCCGGGCUUGUGGGGUGAAUGCCAUGGCCAGCUCUGCCAUCGUGGACUAGAGAACCUGCUCAGGUCUGCAGUUGGUAACAGCAGUACCCCUCUGGGCAGGGCAAUGUCUCAGCAGCUGCACAGCCUGGCUCGUGCACUCAGAUCCCCUAGACUAGCCUAGGCUAUUGUGGUUCAUUCCUGUUGAUGUAGGCACUCUCGGCCCUGCCCAGGGCUGUCUGAGGGCAAGGUAGCUCGGUGUGGGGAGGGAGCCAGGGGCAGCUGGGGGCUCAGAUGGAGCUGGAGGAAUGGGAGGUGGUCAGAGAGAAAGGGUCCCCUCAAGUGAGGCAGGACCCCAGAUCUGAAGCCCGGUUCUGUCAUGUUCCUAGCUACUGCAGAUAAGGCCCUCCUCUGAACCUCAGUUUCCCCCUCAGUGUGAUAGUGUGAAUUCUCCUUCCUCCCCUGGCUGAGAUGAAAACCAUGUCUGUUACAAUUGAAGGCUUGUGCCUGACCACCCUCUAGCAUCAAUAAAGAUAGGACCCUCCC